AUGGAUAAAUACCACUCCGUUCAUGAGGAGGAUAUUUCCAGCUUCGAUCUUCCUUCCACGCACCGAUUGCCCACUGUGUCCGCUGCACAGGUGCUAGAAGACUUGGACGAAGACCUGUCAAGGCAUAUUCCUACCGGGCUGGAGAGUCUGGACAAAACACUUGAUGCUUCUGGUUCUUCCGAACAUUCGGACUCGAAACGACCGGGAGGCAUUCUGAAAGGCCAGGUCACCGAGAUCUGGGGACCGCCAGGUUCUGGCAAGACGGCCCUGGGCAUCCAACUCGUUGCGAAUGCUCUUCGCGAGGGCCAUGGUGCCGUGUGGUUCCUUCAAGACUGCGCCUAUCUACUAUGUGGACGACGACUCGCCGCGGUGAUUGAGGCAGUAGAGGGUGCCUCUACAUCGACGGAAGACCAAGCAGAAUCGUUAGGUCGAGACAACUUCACCCACUACACUUGUCCAAGUCUGCCUCAUCUAGUUGCGCUGCUUUGCCGUCCCUCAGCGACGACAGUACCAGCAAACACGGCCUUAGUGGUCAUCGACUCGCUAUCGGCGCUGGUGAAUCACGCCUUCCCCAAAGCACCCGAUGGAAGGAAAGCAGCGCUACAAGGCAAAGGUCCAGGACCAUCAGCAAAGCGACUGCAAGCGUUGCAGUACAUCGUCAGCGCGCUCCAGAAGCUAGCAGCGACGCGAAACUGUGCUGUUGUGGUCUUGUCGCAAUGCGCGACCAAGAUGCAAUCGGAGCGGAGUCCGACUCUCAUUCCUUCCAUUAACGCUGGGGUUUGGGAGCAGGGGGUAUCUACGCGGCUGGUGCUCUUCAGAGACUGGGUCUGGAGGGAUGGCAGCCCGUCGAGUGUGUGCUUCGCUGGCGUGCAGAAGCUAGACGGCAAGGCUGGGUCGGACUCGAUGCAGAGCGCAGCAGCAUUCAGAGUUGAAGCGACGGGCCUGAUUGGCGUGCAUUACGACACUAGCCAACCAUCGGUGCUGCUAUCGACGACUCCACGGGCAAAGCGCAAGCUGGCAGAAGCCGGUCUCGAGGUGCCCGACAGCGACGAAGACGACGAGGAGUACGGGUGGGCACAAGACGACGACGCGGCACUUCCCGGGAUGCCACCGCAAUGGCAAGGCAGCGAAGACUUGCUCCUGGGAACGCAGGCCGCGAGCGACGAAGAAGACGGCGGCGGCGGCGACGGCGAUAAUGAUGACAAGGACGACGAGGCAGAAGAAGUGGAGGACAGGGCGGCUAGUGGCCGAGGUAACGACGAAUAA